UUGACCACAUCCCACUUACGAAAAGAGAGAAUCAUGGAGAAAACUUCAGCUGCUCGUGCAAUUGAAUGGAAUAUCGAUCUUGAGAAGAGCCUCCGAUCAAACAAACCAGGUCAAGAUCUUGAAGCCAUAAAUCAAAUGGGUCCAAGACUUGAGCAAUGGUGUAGAGAACCCGAAGUUAACAUGUCAGAAAGUAACAUGUUUGGGUUAAUCCAUGGAGAAGAAAAGCUAUUUGCUAAUGCAAUCUUGUUAAGGCUUGCUGAUGCUUUUACCUCAGAGAACAAACAGAUUCAAGCCUCUGUUGUUAAACUUUUCCUUUAUUUAUGGAAGAACUGUAAAAAGAAAGGAUACAACCAACUUGACAGAGUAAUGUCAAAGCUUAGUUUAAUGAAUAGGGUAGAGCUACUAAGGAGGGUUAAGGUUGUCUUUGAUGGUGGUGACACUGAAUCCCGAGCUCUUGCAUUGACAUUUUUUGGCUGCUGUGCUUGUAUUGCUAAGGAAAGAGCAGAAAUUCGGUAUCUUAUUCUUUCAAGUUUGAUGUCAAGUGAUGUUCUAGAGGUCAGGCUCAAUUGUUUUGAUUUCAGGUGAAGGCGUCAUUAUUUGCUGCAGGGUGUUUUUCUGAGCUGUCUGAUGAUUUUGCUUCAGUGUUCUUCGAGAUAUUAGUUAAUAUGGUGACAUCAUCUGAUUUAUCAUGGGAUGUAAGGUUGGUCGGCGUGCGAUUGUUUUCCAAAAUGGGAUCCUCGUUAACACUUGCCAGUAAAGCUUACAAGGUUAUGCAUUAUUAACAUGAAUUGCAUAUAAGCAUACUUAAGUAUCAUUGGUGUUUGAGUAUUUCCUCGAAGCAGCU